UUCUAUUAAAGAUGGCGGAUGUUAAGGAAAAGGUGAAUGAGCUAAAAUUACAAGGCAAUAAAGCAUUGGAGGUCGGGGACUUUGAGGAAGCCAUUCAGAAGUACACAGAUGCCAUAGCCUUGGAUCCUAACAACCAUGUCCUGUACAGUAACCGUUCAGCAGCACUGACUAAAGCCACUCGCUACCUGGAGGCUCUUGGUGAUGCAGACAAGACAUUGGAAAUCAAACCAGACUGGUUCAAAGGUUACUCACGAAAAGGAGCAGCCUUGAGAUACCUGAACCGCUACCAGGAGGCAGUCGAGGUCUAUGAAGAAGGACUAAAGGUUGUCCCUGAUAAUCAACAGUUGAAAGAUGACAUGAAGGAAGCUAAGACCCAUCUCACAGGUCCAGCUGGUAGUCAGCCCAUUGGUAACCCUUUCUCUGGACCAGAUGUAAUGGCCAAGUUGGAGGCAAACCCGAAAACAAGGGAGUACCUGAAACAACCUGACUACAAAAUGAUGAUAGAACUUCUAAGGCAAAACCCAAACAGCCUUCAAAAUUUCCAAGAUCCACGCAUAAUAACAACAUUGGGAGUUUUGAUGGGAUUUGAUUUGGAAGCCAAGAUGGGAGAUAUGGACACCUCUGACGAUGCUGAACACGACCCUAAAUCCAGUGCUAGUCCUCAAAGUCCUCAACAAAUGGAAACCAAUGCUAGCCCUCCGAGUAACAAAUCAAAAAGCUCAGAACAAUCUAGUGCUGACAGUUCUGUCACUCAGGCCCUUGCUGAGAAGGAGGCUGGCAAUGCUGCCUACAAGAGUAAGAAGUUCGAGGAGGCACUGCAGCACUAUGAUGCAGCCAUUGAACUGGACCCAACAAACAUUUCCUUCAGAACAAAUACAGCAGCGGUGCAUUUUGAACAAAAGGACUAUGAUAAGUGUAUAGCAGUGUGUGAAGAAGCAGUUAAUAUUGGACGAGAAAAUCGAGUGGACUACACAUUGAUAGCAAAAGCUUUAGCCCGUAUGGGGAAAGCUUACCUGAAGAAGGAUGACGACACAAAUGCAUUGAGGUAUUUCCAGAAAGCUCUUGCAGAACAUCGAACCCCUGAUGUAGCCAAGAGUAUUCAGGAGAUUGAAAAGCGUAUUAAAGAAAAAGAGAGACUAGCUUUUAUUGACCCUGAGAAGUCUUUAGAAGCAAAAGCAUUAGGCAAUCAAUUCUUUCAGAAAGGUGACUAUCCUACAGCAAAAAAACAUUAUGAUGAGGCAAUAAAGAGGAAUCCAGAGGAUGCCAAAAUAUACAGUAACAGAGCAGCAUGUUACACUAAAUUGAUGGAAUUCAGCUUAGCUUUAAAAGAUGCGGAGAUGUGUAUAAAACUUGACCCUACAUUUGUGAAGGGAUACCUACGGAAGGGUAGUGUCUUGCAGGCUAUGAAAGAAUUCAGCAAAGCUGCCGCAAUCUAUCAGAAGGCAUUGGAAGUAGAUCCAAAAUGUGAGGAGGCUUCGCGGGGUUACCGAGAGGCACUGAUGGCAGAAGGUGGGGAUCCAGAGGCCAUCAGGAAGCGUGCCAUGGCUGACCCUGAAGUACAACAAAUUCUCGCUGACCCAGCCAUGCAACUUAUCUUGCAACAGAUGCAGAAAGAGCCAGAUGCAGUUAGAGAACAUUUGAAAAAUCCUGAAGUAGCAAAGAAGAUUGAAAAACUUUUGGAGAGUGGGAUCAUUGCCAUUCGUUGAUGCAGUGCUGUGAUUGCAUAUUUCAUUGGUGAAUUAUGAACACACAAACGAUUAAACACAACGGACAACAACUUUCAUCAUGUUAUUCUCUCCUGAUGGUGAACAACAAUUGUCUGGAUGAUGUGAAAUUCUUCUAAAUGUGUUCGUGUUCAGCCAUUACAAGGCAGUGUUACAACACAGACAGUGAUAGAACUGUGUAGGAUAUCCUAAUGUGAGGAAAUACAUGUUCUAAUGAUAUACCGGUAUGUACUAGGGAGGGAGAGCAAAUAUAUCCCUGUGUGAGAUUUGGGGAAAGUAUGGAAACCAGUUUUAUCGCUCUGUAAGGAUAGGAAAGACAAAUGCUAUCCCUGUGCUUGUAUAGGGUCAAUGGAUGGUGUCCGUAUGGUAGGGGUUGGGUUGUGAAGAGAUGUGCUAGAAUUGGACUUUAGAUAUCAUCCCUGUGGGGAAAUAGGAUUCUAUCUGUCAUCCAUGUAUUAGGGUAAGAAUGAGUGAAAAGUCAUGCUCAAUAAAGAAGAUAAACUUGUCUAAAUUGAAUUGAAUGAGUUAAGUUUUUGUCUCGGAUUGGUUCUCUAUUUUUGUUAGAUCCAAAGAGAAACAGCAGGCUAUAUAUUACAAUGGUCAGUCUCUAUUAAACAUAUACAUAUGGGUGGGUUUCAUCUGUAAAAAAACAUCUAUAUGGGACCAUGAUAAAAUACUAUGUGUAUGCUGUUGACACUUGUGUAAUGAUAAGACACUCUUUGUACGGUGUAGUGUAAAACAGUUUGGGUCUUUUCCCUUUCUUUCAUGGCAUGCUUGAAUAUCUCUCCAUUGUGUGAAACAAAUGAUCAAGUUCCUUUUGAUUUCAUUAGAAGAGAGAAAAAUGAUGUGACAUAUGUGGUCCCUGAUAUACAAAUUCACACUAGUUCAGAGAGCCUUGUUAAGUUACUGUAUAUAGUCAUGCACUAAUAUAUGGAGUACAUGGGUAUUAAAACCAUUUUCAGAAUCAUUCAUUGAUGAAAUCAUUUCUUUUGUCCGCUCAAAAUGUGUCUAGUAUGUUUAGACAUAUUCAUUCCAUUUUGUUCCAUUUUCAAGAAAUACAUUAUUAACAGAUUCAUCGGAUUUGUAUUGAUUUUUUUUUCUUCUUUUUUUUGCAACAAUCACACUUUUACAGAUUUUCCCUCAGGAUUUGCUACUGAUAAAUAAAUGUUGCUGCUUUAGUCUGAAUAAACCAUAAUAUACAUUUUCAUUUGUAAAGAAUUACUUGUUGAUUGUAUUGUAAUCUUCAACAUGGAAUAUUUAUCAGUCAGCAAUGCAUGUUAUGCUCACAAAUCUGCUUCAACCACACAAAAAUAAUGAAUAAUAGAAUCUUUCCCUACAUUGAGGAGACUUGGUUGUCUAACCUUGAGGAUCUCCAUCCAUCUGGGUGGUAUUUUAGGUUGUCAAACCUGGGGCUGUUGGACAUUUCUCUGUCAUGUCCUCAAGGUAGGGGGUGAUGAUUUUUCUCCAGUUAUACUAUAUUUUAUUUAUUUAAAAAAAUUGUCAAUGCAAAAAACACAAUGUUGAGUGAUGUGAUUAAAUUGUAGAUGUGAUGUCAAGGUGUUGUUGCCAGCACGUGCCAUCUGUCAUACCCUAGGGUUGACCGAGAAAUCACACCUUAAAGGGUGACGGGAAAUCUUGAUCAGGUGAAAAAUGGAGACAAAACUGAGCGAUGGGAGAAUACUGUGUCAUUCAUUCAGCUGUGUAGCUGAUGAUGAUAUUGAUACAGUCAUUAACAGAGGUGUGCUGUUGACAUAAAUUGACGGUGAUCAUUUGUUAUUGGGUAUUAUUUUGUGCUGACAUUGGUGCAGAUUCAUAUAAAUGUUUAGGAUACAAGCAAUAUGUAAUUGUAUGUAAUGGAAACAAUACAACAUUGAUUCAAACAGA